UGUAAUUAACACUCUUCCCCUCGCUCCGUCCCUAAUUUUUCGUUCCGAUUGUUUGGAACUCUCGAUUUUUCAUCGUCGAUUGACCGAUCAAGAUGAUUAUCACUGUGAAGGAUUCGACGAUGGUGACUCCGGCGGAGGAGACGCCGCGCCGGACUCUCUGGAACUCGAACGUCGAUCUGGUGAUACCGAGUAUACACACGCCGAGCGUCUACUUCUACCGCCCGACCGGCGCCUCCAAUUUCUUCGACGGUCAGGUUCUCAAGGAAGGCCUAAGCAAAGCGCUGGUGCCGUUUUAUCCAAUGGCCGGACGAUUGAGACGCGAUGAAGACGGUCGUAUCGAGAUCUACUGUAAUGCUGAAGGUGUGCUUCUUGUCGAGGCCGAAACCACGGCGGUUAUCGACGAUUUCGGUGAUUUCGCCCCGACGUUACAGCUUCGGCAACUUAUUCCAGCCGUCGAUUACUCUGGCGGAAUCGAAUCGUAUCCUUUGCUGGUGUUACAGGUGACACACUUCAAAUGCGGCGGCGUUUCACUGGGCGUAGGAAUGCAGCACCAUUUAGCGGACGGCUUUGCCGGUCUCCACUUUGUGAAUACCUGGUCCGACAUGUCGCGUGGCCUCGACCUUAAGCUUCAGCCCUUCAUCGACCGGACCCUACUCAGAGCGCGGGACCCACCUCAACCGGCAUUCCGUCACGUCGAAUACGAACCGGCUCCGCCCAUGAAAACUCCGGUCCAGCCGAACUCGGAAGGAACCACCGUCUCUGUAUUCAAAUUCACCCGCGAGCAGCUGAAUCUACUCAAAGCCAAAUCCAAAGAAAACGGCAAUACUAUCAACUACAGUUCAUAUGAGAUGCUUUCCGGCCACGUCUGGCGCUGCACGUGCAAGGCGCGUGACCUUCCCGAGGAUCAGGAGACUAAGCUCUACAUUGCCACCGACGGCCGUGCUCGGUUGCGCCCGCCGCUUCCCAACGGCUACUUCGGCAACGUUAUCUUCACAACUACGCCGCUCGCCAUCGCCGGUGAACUGAUGUCGAACCCGACGUGGUUCGCUGCCGGAAAAAUCCACGACGCCUUGGUUCGGAUGGACAACGAUUAUUUGAGAUCGGCUUUGGAUUAUCUCGAACUGCAGCCGGACUUAUCGGCGUUGGUCCGUGGUGCUCAUACUUUCCGUUGCCCCAAUUUGGGAAUCACGAGCUGGGUCCGGCUGCCUAUCCACGACGCCGAUUUUGGGUGGGGCCGGCCGAUUUUUAUGGGCCCCGGCGGAAUCGCGUACGAGGGAUUGUCGUUUAUAAUCCCGAGUGCGUCCGACGAUGGCAGCUUGUCAGUGGCGAUUUCGCUGCAGACUCCACAUAUGAAGGUGUUUGAGAAGCUGUUCUUCGAUCUUUAAGUAGCUUGGCUGGCGGUGAGUGUAACAGGACACCGGUGGGUUUUUUCUUUUCCGGCAAGGCAGAGGGAGUUUGCCGGAUGGUGUUUUUUUUUUUUUUUUUUUUU